AUGCAGAUGCUCACUCCUCCCCCCGACGAAGAAGGCUUCGGCGCUCCUCCCAUGAACCCCGACGAUGAAUGCGCAUACGAUUGGACCGCGGCGCUACCUCAGACCGACCAUAUCGCCUUCUUCCGCACCACGGACUGGUCGCGCAGCCGCCUGGGGCCACUGAGCACGUGGAGCCCGACGCUGCGCAUGUUCGCAAGUUAUGUACUGGCCGAUUCGCGCGGAGCCUGCCUCUGGUGGGGAGAGGACAUCUCCAACCUCACUGCUAUAUACAACGAGGCGUAUGCUCCCUUGGCCGGGGGCGCUCACCCCAACCUCAUGGGCUCCCUCUUCCAGGAUGGCUUUCCCGAUCUCUGGCCGUCCAUCAGCCAGUACUUCAUACAGGCCAAGCGGACAGGCACUGGAGUCAAUUACAGCUCUGCCAUGCCCACGGUUGUCGAGCGCAGAGGCUACCAAGAGGAGGCCUUCUUCUCUGGCGGCUUUGUUCCAGUCGGCAUGCCAGGCGCUAUCGAGGGCUUCAUGAAUACAACCUACGAGGUAACAAGCCAGAAGCUCGCAGACCGCCGUACCACCUGCCUGAAUACUCUCGCCUCCGUGCCCUCACAAUGUGUCGACGCAGUCUGCUCUCACAUUCUCACCACGCUCGAAACCAACGCCAACGAUGUGCCCAUGUCCAUGCUCUACCGAAUGGACACAACCCCAGGCUCGAACGAGUUGAUACUCCAUGGCCAAUUUGGUUUCCCCGAGGGGCACCACCUUCUCAUCCAGACAGCCACUAUCGACAGUGAGCAAGGACUAAUACCAGAUCUGCGACGAGCUGGCAUAGACACUAUGGUCAUCGAGCAUGAUGCACGAUUUCUUGCUACCUCGUGGAGAGGUUGGAGCGCGCCUUCCAAGAAGAUUGUCGUAAUGCCCAUCAUGAGUGGAACACGCCUUUUCGGCUACCUCGUCUUCGGCACUAAUCCAUUUCGCCCCCACGACGAUAUAUGCACGCAAUUUAUCCGGGACCUAGGCCGCAUGGUGUCAAGUAUCAUAUCUUCUGCCGUUGACAAUGAAUCCACCAAGAAGCGUCAAGAGCAGCUCGAGACUGAUCUGGCUUUCAGUGAUCUCAAGCUACGCCAUCUGAUCGAUCACGCGUCUGUUGGCAUGUGCCAUGUAUCUCUUGAUGGUGAUAUGCUAUGGGCCAACGAUCACUAUUAUGAGCUAGCUGGGAAAUCUCCUUCGGAACAUGCCAUCGGUCUUGCCUUCCUUGACGCAUAUCACGAGGAUGAUCGGGUAAAAGCUGAUGAUGUUUGGGAGCGUUUGAUUAGAGGCGCCGACCACGUCACAGCCGACUUGCGCAUGAAGCGCAUGUACACGCCUCCUACUGGGGAUCCCGAACCCGCCCAGAUCCAGGUUCUGGCCUUCCCGUACCGCGACGAGCAUGGAAGCGUGAGAAGCGUAAUGGCAUGUACGACUGACAUUAGCAGGCUGUGCUGGGCGCAGACCUUCCAGGCUCGAUUAGCCGCCGAAGCAAGAGAAGCAAAAAGACAGCAGGAAGCCUUUAUUGACGUGGUUUCACACGAGAUGCGGAACCCAUUGAGCGCCAUUGUACAUUGCGCAGAUGCGAUUGCCAACGCGGUCGUCGAGUGCCAGACGCAGCUCGCCGAUAUACCUGUACCGUGUCUCGAUACUCUCAAUGACAACAUACAAAGCGCAAACGUCAUCAUGCAAUGUGCAAACCAUCAGAAGCGUAUUAUCGACGAUGUACUUACUUUGAGUAAGCUCGACUCCAUGCUCUUGUCCAUCACGCCCGUCGCAGUCAAACCCGCAAAGCUCGUGGAAUCCAUCGUCAACAUCUUCCAAGCUGAGAUGAAGACGCAUAACAUCUCUUACAGUGUCACACCUGACACGUCGUUCUUGAGUCUAGGCAUUGACCACCUUCAUCUGGAUCCGUCCCGCGUGACACAAGUCUUCAUCAAUCUACUGACGAAUGCCAUCAAGUUCGUCAAACCAUCGAAAGAGCCAGCCCUCUCCAUCCGCUACGGCGCCAGCACCUCAGAUCCCCGCGAACUCUUUCCUGAAGACAUGUUCUGGGCUACUGAGGGCAAGCAAGACGGCGAUGUUACAAGCAAUCCAGAUUGGGGCACCGGUGAAGAAAUCUAUCUUGCGUUCACCGUCAAGGACUCGGGAAUUGGCUUGCAAGAGAAGGAAAUUCACAAGAUAUUCGAGCGCUUCCGCCAAGCGAACGUGAAGACGCAUGUCAAAUACGGCGGCAGUGGGCUGGGUCUAUUCAUCUCAAAGGAGCUUACUGAGAAGCAAGGCGGUGAAAUAGGCGUGUCAUCCGUUCAGGGCCAAGGUUCGACUUUUGGAUUCUACGUCAAGACGCGAAGAGUAGAAUGGAAGCCCAGGACCCUCAAAGAGAUGUUUCAGCAAACCGGCAAUGAGGAUGCGGCAAUGCGGCAACUCCACGUACUGUUGGUGGAAGACAACAUCAUCAACCAGCAAGUGCUCGGCAAACAACUUAAGAAAGCGGGAUGCCACGUAUCCGUCGCAAACCAUGGCCUGGAGGCGCUUGAGAUACUGGAGAGAGAAACGUUUGACAUCGUGUUGAUGGAUCUGGAGAUGCCGGUCCUUGAUGGGCUUGGCGCGAUGCGAGAGAUACGGAAAAGGGAGGAAGAUCAGGGAGUGCUGUCUUCUGAACGGUUGCCUGUGAUUGCUGUCACGGCGAACGUUCGGAAAGAGCAGAUCGAUACCGCUAUUGCUGCUGGAGCAGAUCGCAUCAUGCAGAAGCCGUUCAAAGCCGCCGACUUGGUGUUGAUGAUGAAAUCCUUGAUGCCACAACUGGCACCUUUAUCCAUCGACCCGCCGACACCGGGUCUCGGCCUCCGAUCUAACGCAUUGGUGCCUUGA